AUGUCCUUAAUCUCAAAUAGAAAGCGACCAAGAGGGUUUAGUGAAACCUUUGAUAACGCUACCAAGGCCUCCCAUCAUCAACAAAAUCAAAUCUUACAUAAAAAUAAUACUAAUUCAAAUAAUACCACUAGUGGUAAUUCAACUAAUGAAGAAGAUUUAAAAAGCUUACAAUUGAAUUUCAUGGAUCAUGAUGUAUCAGAAAGUUUAUCAUCAUCAUCAAUUAAUUCAUCUCCUCCUCCUACAUCUCAUUCAUCUUUACAAUAUUCAAAUCUUAUUGCUAAUCCAUUUUCAAAUUCAAUUUCUCAAUCUUCUCAUAAUAACAUAUUGCCUACUACAAGUGUUUCUACUAUUCAUUCUUAUCGUACCAAAUUUAAAGAUUCUAAAAGAGGGUCUUAUUUUAUAAAUGAUGAUGAUGAUUUUAAUGAAGAAAUUGAAGAUGUCGACAUUGAACAGGUUUUAAUCGAUGAAGAUCAUGGUUUAGUUGAUACCGUCGAUCAUGAAGAUGAAGAUGAAGAAGAUGAUGACGACGAUGAUGAUGACGAAGAUGAUGAUCAAGACGAGGACGAAGAAGAUAAUGAUAUCGUUCAUGAUUUACAUCAUAAUAAUAAUAAUGAUAAUAAUCACCUUUAUGUUGAAGAAGAUGAAGACGAUGUUAUUAUCCUUGAAGAAAGAUCAGUACUUCCUAAGACUAAACGAAAUAACAGUGAUUCUGUCUUAUUAGAUCAUGAUGCAUUUGAAGCCUAUAAUAUGUUUAAUGUAAAUAAUGUUCAACCAGUUUUAUUUGAACCAGAAGAAUCAAGUUCCACCUCAUCUUCCUCAUCCUCAUCUGCCACUUCAUAUUCAUCCGCUUCCACCGCUACCAAUAUAUCUACUGAUUUAUCUCCAUCUACUUUUUCAAAUACUCCAUUCCCAUUAAAGAAACAAAGAACAAAUUCAUUACCUCAAUUACCUCAAGCAAAAUGUUUUUAUCAUAAAUUACCUAAUAAUUAUAUAUUACAAACUCCAAAAUUAGGUAAUAUAAAAGCUAAUGUCAUACCUCAUGAUCAUGAUUUACCUCCAUGUGAUGAUGAAAACGGUCAUUAUAUCAUUAAAUUACAAGAAAACUUUGCUAAACGUUUCACAGUUAUAAAAUUAUUAGGUCAAGGUACAUUUGGAAAAGUGGUACAAUGUUAUGAUAAAGUGAAUCGUGAAAAUGUGGCUAUUAAAAUCAUUCGUAAUAUUCAAAAAUAUCGUGAUGCUGCAAAAAUUGAAUUAAGAAUCUUAUCAACGUUAAAGAAAUUUGAUAAUAGAAAUGUAAAUCAUUGUAUUCAUCUUAGAGAAUGCUUUGAUUAUAGAGGUCAUAUUUGUAUUGUAACUGAUUUAUUAAAAAUAAGUCUUUAUGAUUUUUUGGAAGCUAAUAAUUUCAUUUCAUUCCCUGGUUCUCAUAUUCAGGCCAUUUCAAAACAAUUGAUUCGGUCAGUUAGUUUCUUACAUGAUUUAAAAUUAAUUCAUACUGAUUUAAAACCAGAAAAUAUCUUACUUCAUGAUGAUACAUUCAUAAAGAAAAAUCUUUAUAGUACCACCAUAAUUCAAUCAUACUUAAAAUUAAGUUCAUCAAAUUCAUCUCAAACCAAAAAACAACCAAAAUAUCUGAAAAUUUUGAAAAAUCCAUUAAUUCAAAUCAUUGAUUUCGGUAGCGCCAUUUUCAAUGAUGAAUAUCAUUCAUCCAUCGUAUCCACUCGUCAUUAUCGUGCCCCUGAGAUUGUAUUAGGUGUAGGUUGGUCAUUCCCAUGUGAUAUGUGGUCGGUAGGUUGUAUACUUGUGGAAUUAAUUAUUGGUGAACCAUUAUUUAAAACUCAUGAUAAUUUGGAACAUUUGGCUAUGAUUGAAAAAAUAUGUGGUUAUAAAAUUGAUAAAUCAAUUGUGAAACUUUCUAAACAAAAGGAAAAUGAAUGUGGAUUAGAAUUCUUUACUAAUGAAUAUAUCAGACCAAAGAGAAGACAAUCAAUUCAUCAAUUACAAAAGCAUACUCAAACUUUACCAUCUCGUAAAAUGAGUCAAAUAUAUACCGUGGUUGAUGAAGAUGAUGAUGAUGCUGAUUCAACUUCCUCAGUCAUAACAGACGAUACUGAUGAUGAAUUUGGUCGUGGUCCAGAUGAAUACGAUGAUGAAGAAGAUGACGAUGAUGAUUUAAUCAUUGAUGAAGAUUCAGGGGAGCAAAAUUCGCUUACCUUGAAAUUCCCUACUCCUGAUACACCAAUGAAAUUCAUUAACAGUGUGGAUGAAUUAACUAGGAUAGAUUUAUUCAUCUCGUCUCGUAUUGGACUUAAUAUAGAUUUGGAUUAUUCCUUAUCAUACAAUUAUAAAAAGAAUGAACAUCUUAUCAAUUUUGGUAAUUUCACAUUCUGGUGGUUUUUCAUUGAUUUAUUAAAGAAAUUAUUCAUCAUAAAUCCAAAGGAUAGACUCACCGCUAUGGAAACUUUAAAUCAUCCUUGGUUUAACUUGGGUAUCGAAGAUGAAGGUACUUUGUGA